CACACGCUGCAUUGCCAUUAGUGCGGAAUGGCCGGGUUACAGCCGCAGCUCGCUCCUCCUGUUGGAGCCUCAGCGCCCGGCUAUAGAAGUCGCCGGCAUAGAAAGGCGUAGGGGGAGGGAAGCUAGGGGCUGGGCGUUUGCUUUUUUACAGGGCAGUUCUACUAACAGCCUUCCCCAGCUGCUGCUCCUACCCGCUGGAGCUGUGCAGGGCGGGACCGCGGACUCGGGGGCUGAUUGUUGCAGCGCUGGGGAGGGGGCUGUCUGCUCCCAGAGGAGGCUGGAUUUGUGUCUCUCCUCUGCGCCUUGUGGGCGAGCGGCGAAUGCGGUAGCGGGGGAGCUGCAGCCGCGUGAGGCAUCCCCCUGCCUGCAAUCCGCCCAUGUGAUCCUAGCCCCGCGGGCUCCCGGCGCGCUGUGGUGGGCAAUUGGAGCUGGGCAUUUCGGAUUGGAAGGCGCUGGGAGCGGGCGGGAGAGAGAUGUCUUCCCCACCCCCACCGCAGAGAAUGGCAUGAUUGGGGACAUCAUGGCUAGCAGCAUCCUCUUUAUUGUGUGAGGCUGCGUGGCUACAGCUAGGAGCCAGCAACUCCUCCGCCUCCCGAAGUUUGUGUCCUGUGUCCUAGCUGCUGCUGCGCCGGGCCGCGAGAUGCGGAGUUAGGCUUUCCUUAGGCAGGCAGCAGGAUGUGUUUGUGAGUGGGUGCAUGUGUGCCUUAAGAGGGGGGCAAAGAUCAUCACACCGCAGGACAGCUAGUCCCAAGGGCAACGUUGGCGCUCAGGGGUGUAAAUACUGAGCGGGGUAGGUGCAGCUCUCUCGCCAUAUCUCUCCAGGCGGGGUGGCUCGGUGUGAUGCUAAAUUAGGUGCGCGCUGUAUCUGCAUGCCCUGAGCCAGGCUUAGUGGCAGGUUUCUGGCCCCGUGGAGUCAGGGGGACUAGCUGUUGGAAGGGGGAGGUGCAAUAAAUAAAGCAAUAAAUGGCCAGCAACAGGAGCAUUGAGCUGGAGCACUUUGAGGAGCGGGACAAAAGGCAGCAGCGCUCGGGGGCUCGCAGAGCGGGGACCGGCUCGAGUUGCAGCAGCAGCUCCGGGCCCAAGGGGAACGGGCUCAUCCCAAGCCCCGCGCACAGCGCCCACUGCAGCUUCUACCGCACGCGGACGCUGCAGGCCCUCAGCUCGGAGAAGAAAGCAAAGAAAGCCCGCUUCUACCGCAAUGGGGACAGGUACUUCAAGGGCUUGGUGUUUGCCGUUUCCAGCGACCGCUUUCGCUCCUUCGAUGCUCUCCUGAUCGAACUCACCAGGUCGCUGUCGGACAAUGUGAACCUGCCCCAGGGGGUCCGCACCAUCUACACCAUUGAUGGCAGCAGGAAACUCACCAGCUUGGAGGAGCUAGUGGAAGGUGAAAGUUAUGUAUGUGCAUCCAAUGAACCAUAUCGCAAAGUUGAUUAUACCAAGAAUGUCAAUCCAAACUGGUCUGUGAAUAUUAAGACUGGGUCUGCUCGAUCCUUGACAUCUCUGACAUCGAUGAAAAGUGAAGUGAAGGAGAGUAAAGAUUUCAUUAAACCCAAACUGGUGACUGUUAUUCGGAGUGGAGUGAAGCCACGGAAAGCUGUGAGAAUUCUGCUGAAUAAAAAGACUGCUCAUUCCUUUGAACAGGUUUUGACUGACAUCACAGAAGCCAUUAAGUUAGAUUCAGGCAUUGUCAAGAGACUUGUAACACUAGAUGGGAAGCAGGUUACCUGCUUGCAGGACUUUUUUGGAGAUGAUGAUGUUUUCAUUGCCUGCGGACCUGAGAAAUAUCGUUAUGCUCAAGAUGACUUUGUACUGGAUCAUAGUGAAUGUCGUGUUAUGAAGUCGUCAUAUUCCCGUUCACCUGGUACACCAAGACAAUCUGGAUCCAAAAGCCCAGGACCCUCACGUCGAAGCAAGUCACCUGCUUCAGUAAAGAGGGGUGGCCACUACUCCAGUGCUUAUUCUACAGCAAAAUCCCCAGUCAAUGGAACACCCAGCAGCCAGAUAUCCACUCCAAAAUCUACUAAGUCCUCCAGCUCUUCACCAACCAGCCCGGGGAGCUUUCGGGGACUCAAGAUUCCUCCACACUUUGGCUCUUCUUCCAAUGUGAAUGGUGUGCCUGAACUAUUCCAUUGCAUAAGUCCUGAAGGUGUGAAUGGAAACAAGUGCUCAGGGUCAUCCACUAUUCUUGAGAAAUACAGAGUGGGAAAGGUGAUUGGUGAUGGCAAUUUUGCUGUAGUAAAGGAGUGCGUAGAACGAGCCACUGGAAAGGAGUUUGCACUGAAGAUUAUAGACAAGGCAAAAUGCUGUGGAAAGGAGCAUCUGAUAGAGAAUGAGGUAUCCAUACUGCGCCAAGUGAAACACCCCAAUAUUAUCAUGCUGAUAGAGGAGAUGGACACUCCAACAGAACUCUAUCUGGUAAUGGAGUUAGUUAAGGGAGGAGACCUAUUUGAUGCUAUCACUUCUUCAACAAAGUAUACGGAGAGAGAUGGUAGCGCAAUGGUCUACAAUCUAGCCAGUGCACUGAAAUACCUCCAUGGUCUCAACAUUGUGCACAGAGACAUUAAGCCAGAGAAUCUCCUGGUAUGCGAGUAUUCAGAUGGAACAAAGUCCUUGAAGCUAGGGGACUUUGGAUUGGCCACAGUGGUUGAAGGACCCUUGUAUACAGUCUGUGGCACCCCUACAUAUGUGGCUCCAGAAAUCAUUGCAGAGACAGGAUAUGGCUUAAAGGUGGAUAUUUGGGCUGCAGGUGUGAUCACAUACAUACUGCUUUGUGGAUUCCCACCUUUUCGCAGUGAGAACAAUCUUCAGGAAGAUCUCUUUGAUCAGAUCCUCAUUGGAAAACUAGAGUUUCCCUCUCCGUACUGGGAUAACAUCACUGACUCAGCUAAGGAGUUAAUUAGUCUGAUGCUACAGGUAAACGUAGAAGCUCGAUAUACAGCAGCACAGAUCCUAGGCCAUCCCUGGGUGUCCGAUGAUGCCUUGCAGGAGAAUAAUAUGCAAGCUGAAGUAACAGGUAAACUGAAGCAGCACUUUAACAACAUGCUACCCAAGCAGAACAAUACAACCGCUGGGGUCUCUGUCAUCAUGUGCCUGCAUUGCUUUCCUCUGAGUAGGUCCAAGGCAAUGAACACAGCUCUAGAUAAGGAAAGUCAGAUUUUCUGCAACAAGCACUCUCAGGACUCUAGUAGAGCUGGUAUGCAGAAAACGUCUGUGAUUAUUGCAGCUCAAGAUCCUUAUGUGGCUGGGUCCAAGAACCUCUCCCCUGCUUCUUCUGAGCCAAUCAAAUCCCCCACACAGCCUGACUCAGCAUGUUAUGACAAUGCUGGGGAACAGCUCGCUCUAUAGAAGUGACUUAAACCAAAGCCAACUUCUAGGCCAGUAGACCCCUUCAACUUAAACAUCCAUCACAGCUGUGGUUUUUCAGUUUGCUCCCAAUCUCUUGUGGCAAGCCCCAGGCAGACUGUCAAUAGGCGGGUGGGUGAAGUGUGGGCUGUAGCUUUGAGUGCUCUUCCAGCCUUUGGGAAGAAAUUCUGAAUGUUUAGAUUUGUUUUUAUCAUUGGAGUUGGUUUAAUUAAAUGCAUUUCUCACACCCUAGGAAUCUGACUAGCUUAACCUAAUGUGUAGUUAAACAAGAACAUAAUGUGGAUGAACAGUUACAAGUCCUCACGUAUACACAGACUCUCCCAGUCAACACCUUGUUCCCAGAAAAGGUGUAUGCCCACAAAAAGCUGUAUUUCUCUCCUGUCCUAGUGGCUACAGUGAGUUAAGUUUCCAUGAAAAACUUGAGUGGAUUAACUGUACAAUAUUGAAAGACAAGCUUCUCAGAGAAGGGGUCCUUUUUCUUCAAUACCAGACUUCAGGAUAGUGUUUAGAUAAUAAAUUCAAGUGACUUUGGAUGUAAUAACAUGAACUCUGGGCAUUUAUUGGUCUGAAGACUGCAGUCAAGGUAGCUUUUUCAAUCUAGCUAUUGUGUACCCUCCCCUCACAACUACAGUAUGUAUUAGAAACAAUAAAACUUCUUUGAAUGGAAAGCAUGCUACAUAAGCUAGGAUGGAGCAGUUCCUAGUUCUAGGACAAGCUGACUAAUAGAAGAACUACCACUAACCACCUAAAUAGCUGCCAAUAUUUUAUUACCAUCCCCCUCUUCAUCUAGUGCAGGAACUGGAAACCAUAAUGGGGGAGACACUGAUCUGCAGUCAAGGAUGGAAGGUGUUUUAUCUUUAUCAUACUGCUGAGUUCAAUAGUGUAUGUACUCUGCUUAUUCAUUUCCUCUGCUUGUUGAUGAGAAAAAUUGGUCCUAGUUCAUUUUCUGUUAGCUUUUACUUUCUAUUAGAAUUGUAACAGACCUGCAAUAAUAAACUUUCUUCAUUAAAAGAA